UUGUUUAUAAUUACGGCUCGCUGAAUUUAAAACGAUUUAGUCCUGUUCCGAGGAAGUUAAUAAUAUAAUAAGAAAAACAGAGAGAUUGGAUUCCAAAAGGACCAUGUUGGAGACCAAAAGCAUAGCUGAACUGGCUUUUACAGAUAGAGAGACGCCGCGCAAGCGCAAAAGGGAGAUCCCGCCCCCGCCUGCGCCCCUACCCCUGGAAAAGGACGCUCGGCAGGAUGCAGCUGCCACGUCAUCGGAAUCGGAGUCCUGCUUCACCAACGCUGCCUUCAGUUCCACGCCCAAAAAACUGAUCGGUCGCCGCCGUUUGGCCAAGGAGAAUAGCAAUCCGUUUCCCGGUUUCGAGGUGAAGUCCAUUGCCGAUCUUGCCCAGAAGCAGCAGCCACAACUACCAUUGUCCACGAAUCCUUUCGAGGUCCUGCGAGGUCAGCCGUCCAAGAAGAAAAAGCGGGAACACGCCUGCUUCGAGAAUCCUGGCCUGAAUUUGGAACUGCCCGAAAAGCAGUUCAAUCCUUAUGAGGUUAUCCGUUUGGCAGCCACGCCCGCCAAGGGAUUCGUGAAUCCCGGCCUGAAUUUGCGCGGCAGUGAUGCCCCAGCCUCGCUGAAUCCCUUCGAGAUCCACCGUCCAAGUGAGGCAUCCGAGGCGGCCUGCAAUCCUUCGGGUGUGGCCAAUCCGGGACUGGAGGAGCCGCUGCCCACCAGCUUGAAGAUCGGUCUGCCAUUCACCCCGACCCUCGGCUGUCGCAUCGACUUCCACGGCAUGUCGCUGGCCCAGUUGACUCCCAGCAAGCUGCUGGCCGAGAAGCUCGUGUUCUCACCUGUUCCGGCUCCCAAGAGAUCACUGGGCGCCAUCAGCGAGGAGUCCUCCUCGAUGGACAUUGGCCGGGAAUUGGAUCGCUAUCAACUGGAGCUGGAGAACAGCAUCAACGAGGCCAAGCUGAGGAAGAAUGGCGUGCUGGUGGACAAGGAGGUGCCCAGAAAUAGUUUGGAAGUGGAACUGCACAAGAAUGCCAAGGUUUCCUUGGUCAUGGAAACGGAUUCGCAGGAGCUAAUGAUGCAGGAGGUGGUCAAGGGAGAGGUCCAAGUGGAAAGGCGUCUGGUUUGCACCAGGCGACGCACUCUCACCGAAAUCAAUGAGGACCCCGAAGUGGAGGAGGCGAGGAAGGAGGAUCUGGAGCAGGAGAAGCUCCUCGAGCAGCAGCGAAUCCUGGAGCAGGAGAAGCUCCUCGAGAAGGAACGGCAUUUGGCGCGGGAGAAGCAGUUGGAGAGGGAGAAACUCCUGGAGAGGGAGAAGCACUUGGAGCGCGAGAAGCUGCAGGAGAAGCUGCACGAGCAGCUCAGGGAGAAACUCCAGGAAAGGGUUAAGCUGCUGGAAAAGGAGAAGUUGGCCGAAGAACUCCUCGAAAAGCAGCAGCUCCUGGAGCAGAAUAACCUCCAGGAAAAGGAGGCGGAACCGGAGGGCGAUGUGGCCUAUGCCUCCGAAUCCGAUGAGGAGCCCGACGACCUGGACUUCAAGGCUCCCGCACGCUUCGUUCGAGCCUACCGACCUGCAGCUCUGCCCACCAAGGCGGCCAGCAAGGAGUCCCUCCACUCCAUCGGAUCCAGCAAGUCCUCCAAGUCGGCAGAGGCCAAGUCCAGUGGCGGCAUGAAGGGUAUGAUUAGAAAGUCCAUCCGAAGACUUAUGCACCCCACUCACACUUCGCCCGAAAAGUCCGAGGAGAAGGAUGCCCCAAGUCAUCAUCACAACAACAUCCUGAACAGCAUUCGGCACAGCCUGCGAAGGCGGCCCCAGAAGUCGGCCGAUGUGGAGCUCCAGAUGGAGCCCGCACCCGCGGAUGUGUCCAUCAUCGACAGCAGCGAAAGGACCAUGAAGCUCCGCUCGAACGUCGCCCAGACCGAGUACAUGACCAUCGACCAGUUGACCAACGAGAAGAAGCACACGCUGAGGAACAGUAUCCGGCGGUCCACGCGGGACGUGCUGCGCCAUGUGUUCCACAAGAGCCACGAUGCCUACGCCACCGCCAAGUGAGGCGACUCCCGGAUCGGAAUGGGUCGACUUUGGGGGAUCUAAGUAGCCGAAACAUCAUAGAGGCAUGGGCAACCUACUUUAUAAGGAGGUUCCUACACUAACUUUUUAUUGGGAAAUAAAUUCAUUUCAAACCUUAAAGCAGGGUCUUCUAAAGUAUGAUGCAAAAAUAUUCAAAAUACCUAUCAGGUUAUUUAUAUUUUUACCCAUGCAAAGUCGAUCCACUCCGUCAAGGUAUUCACUUCUUCAAAAACUAUUUUUUAGCACCUAGUUAAGUUUUUAAAUGCACCCAAAGAUUGUCACACAAAACCAGCAACCGAAAGGAAACCUAUUUCAUCUGGAAACCAAAUCCAUCGUUUAAUUUUUAUGAAUGAAAUGAUUUCAACUAGUUUUAUUCAUUUUUUUUUUAAAUAUUCAAGGGAACUCCCAAAAAAACUUGCUGAAAAUUUAUACACACCAUGUUUAUAGUAUUAAGUACUUGA